GACCAAAACAUCCCCAGCUUCGCCCGUCUCCUUCUUCGUUUCCUUCGGCAACUCAAUUCCGAAUCUUAAAAACACUUCCGUCCGCUUUCGUCCAUCCACAAUUUCGCUGUCUCUUCGCUAACAUUAUUUAAAAAAUAAAAACAAAAAAAAUACGAAAAAGCAAGAAAACAGAAGCACACAGAAUCAGACGAGAGAAGUGAAGAGCAGAGAAGAGAAGAGAAGAGAGUUCUUGUGAUUUACUUUUGUUGGGAGAUGACGUUUGUUCAUUAAACGACACUCCGUUUUACGCCUACAGGAUCAGAAUGGACUGUUCUUUGGGUGCUGAGGGGCCUGCUGUACUGCAGUUGCGCAAGUGGGACCCCUCUCAGUUCCAGUUAAACCUGUCAGAAUUUCGAGAAGCCUUUAUUUCUCCAACGAAGGAGCUGCUAUUGUUGCUCUCAUAUCAGUGUGAAGCAUUGCUGCUGCCACUGGUCACAGGGCACUCUAUAGAUAGGAACAUUACAGAAAAUUGUUUUGAUGAAAGUCUUCAAGAUCCAUGUUCAUCUUCUCUAAGUAGGUCAGAUUCAAAGGAUAAUAUGCCAUGCACUUCUGGAUCAGUAAUGGAUUUUGAUAAUGGUUUUUCUCUUGAUCGUAAUUUUUCAAGAUCUAAUAAUUACCCUUUUGUUUGUGAUGUAAACUCACUGGCUUGGGGUAUAUGUGGGGAUUCCUAUAAUCAGCACAAGGAUGCCUUGUUUAGAGAGCUUCUUUUUAUUUCGGGCGACCAGUGUGUGACAGUUCAUGCUUUUUGUUGUCCUAAUGAUGAUAGUGCAACGACCAGGCAGGGUGACUUUGAGCAAGGUAGGUGGGUGGAUUGGGGGCCAAAUUCUGCAUCAGUACAUCAUACAUUGGCAGAGGAGGCUUCUUAUUUGUCUUGUGAAGGCACUGGAAAUGUUGAGGAUGAAUCUGUGGCCAAUGGCAGUAGGGAGAGUUCACAGAGUAUAUGCAGGGAGGCAGGGGAUGAUAGGUCAUCAAGAAGUGUUCCUUCAAGGAGGUGGCUGCGUUCUUUUUUAACCAAAGCUGAAACUAUUCAAUCUGAUGGUAACAUUUGUACCAGGUUUCCAAAGAAGUCAUCAAUUCCUUGCUCUGCGAAGGUUGUAUCAUUUACCAUACUAGAUAGUAAUUUACCACUUCUGCAAGUCCCUACUCAAGAAAACUCUGUGGCAAUUAAAGAGAGCAUACAGUAUACUGGUUUGGAUUUGCCUACAAAUUCUCAUUUGGCUUCAACUAGUCUAAAUAUUCAGUCUGAUGUAUUGCCGAAUUAUCUAGGUAUUGACAUUAACAGACCAUACAAAUGUAUUAGAGUUUUUUCUAGCAAUUCUCAUUGCUUAAUUGGAUUCUUUUUGAAACUUGUGGAUCCGUUAUCUCUUAAUAUUGGUUGUGAGAGUGAGAGAAAUAGGAGGAAAUAUGUACUUCUUGUUGCUAGGUUAAAUAGAUGGGGAAUCCAGUGGGUUUCUGCUGUGAAGUUGGAGGAAAGUUUAAAUAUAGGCUUGGUGUCUGACUGGACAGACUUCUCCUUUUCUGGUAAUCUUCUCGUGUGCCUCAAUUCUGGUGGCAUAAUCUUUUUUUAUGAUGCUAUGUCUGGUGACCAUUUGGCACAUCUUGAUAUUUUACGUACCUGUGGUCUUGACCCACACUCAAAUUUGCAUGAGCAAGAAAAAUUGCAUGUAGGUGUUGAUGUGCAAAUUAAGCAAGUUGAUGAAGUUCAUAAAUCAUCAACUUAUCAACAUGGUGGACGCCUUGGUAGAAGAAUGUUUAAACGGGUGAUCGUUGCUUCAUAUACCUCCCUCUUGGCUGUGGUUGAUGAAUAUGGUGUCAUAUAUGUUGUACAUGUUGGUGAUCACAUUCUUGAAAAGUAUAACAUAUCUGUAAAAUUGCUUCCACAUUUCCAGCAUUUGGGGCUUGGGAUGUUGGUUGGUUGGAAGGCUGGUGGUUGUGAUAUUGGCCACCAGUGGGUGCAUUCUAAUUCAUCAAGUUCUUGUUGUCAUAGAUUAGACAUUUCAUCUGAAAGAAACAACAACGUUUCUUUAUCUGACAAUAUUAGAAAUGCUUUGCUUCACGAAUGGCAACACCAAAAUGUGCAUAGAAAUGGUGGGCAGUGUGACUUGUGUUUGAGUGGAUUUUCUGUUACAUCUAAGAUGAUUUGCCAGAGUUUUCAUGAUUCUGAUUUACAGUAUCACCUUGUGCGAAACAUCUUUCUUCCCACAGAUAGGUUUGGUGCGGAUGAUUGUAUCUUUUUUUCACCACUGGGAAUCACUCGACUGACCAAAAACCAUAAUAUUGAGAGGCAAGAGAGUGCCCAAAUUGUUCACCUUGAUCUGCAUACAGAUUCAGCAAUUCAUGAUGAUAGUUGCUUGAAUUGUGGGUCUGAAAUGUUUUAUCUACCGGGCAGGAAAGAAACUUCUGUUGGAAAAGCAGUUGGUUGCACUUUUCAGGGUUGUUUAUAUCUGGUAACUGAGGAUGGGCUAUCAGUGGUUCUCCCCGCUGUUUCAGUUCCAUCAAAUUUCCUCCCUGUUGAAACGAUUGGCUAUCGGCAAUCAUGCAUGAAGACAGGUGUAGGAUGCCAAGAAAGAAGCAAUUUGGAAAUGAGAGAAACAAAACAGCCUUGGUCACCUUGGAAGGUCGAAAUUUUGGAUAGAGUUAUUCUGUAUGAAGGCCCUGAAGAGGCAGAUCGCUUAUGUGUGGAAAAUGGGUGGGAGCUGAAAAUUUCUCGGACGCGUCAGCUGCAAAUGGCAUUAGAAUACUUGAAGUUUGAUGAAAUACAGCAAUCUUUGGAAAUGCUUGUGGAGGUUGAUCUGGUGGAAGAAGGCAUUCUGAGAUUACUCUUUGCUGCUAUUUAUCUGAUGUGUCAUAAAAAUGGCAAUGACAAUGAGGUAUCUUCUGCAUCAAGGCUUCUUACUUUAGCCUCCUGCUUUGCUACAAAAAUGAUUCGCAAGUAUGGAUUACAACUUCAUAAAGAUGAGGCAUAUUUUCUAAAGGGAUUGAACGGAAUGAAGUUACUUUCUCUUCCAUCAACUUUAUUGGAUGAAGAACAAAAUGAUGCAAAAAAUUCUAGGAGGCUUUCUGAGAUGGCUCACUUUUUGGAGAUUAUUCGAAAUUUGCAGUGUCGACUGAGUGCAAAAUUUAAAAAGGCUGGCCAAGGGCUGGUGGAUGGUAGGGAGGCAUUAAGCUUGGCAGAGCCAAAUUUAUCAGAGAAUGAAUCUCGGAUGUCGAUAGUUUCAGCAAAAGCAGUAUCAUUAGAUAACUCAAAUGAAAAUGAACUGUCAAUUUCUCUGUCUACCCUGGGUUCUAAUGAUACCGAGAAGCUUGCUUUGGUGCCCAAAGAUUAUGUGAGUUCUCAGUCUGAGUUGGAUCUACAAUAUUCUGGUGAAGCAUCUGUUCAUAUGUCUCGGGGGGCACUUUCUAGAAAGAAAACGCUUCCCUUGGAAAAUCCAAAGGAUAUGAUUGCACGUUGGAAAUUGGAUAAUUUGGACCUGAAAACUGUAGUCAGUGAUGCUCUACUCUCUGGUCGCCUUCCUUUGGCAGUUCUUCAGUUGCAUCUUCAACGUUCAACAGAACUUGCUACUGAGGAAGAGCAUCAUGAUACCUUCACUGAAGUUCGUGACAUUGGAAGAGCUAUUGCUUAUGAUCUAUUUUUGAAGGGUGAAACUGGGCUUGCUGUAGCAACAUUGCAAAGGCUUGGGGAGGAUAUUGAAGUCUGCCUUAAACAGUUGGUAUUUGGCACCGUGAGGAGAUCUCUACGAAUGCAAAUUGUUGAUGAGAUGAGAAGAUAUGGUUUCUUGGGACCGCAUGAGUGGAAGAUGUUGGAGAGUAUAUCACUCAUUGAGAGACUUUAUCCUAGUAGUAGUUUCUGGAGAACUUUUCGUGGCCGGAAAGGGGAAGUCGCAGAAGACACAUCAAAUUUAAAUUCUCCAGGAGUAUAUUUGCACCUUUUGCAUUCACAGUUAUUUAGCCAUCUUAUCAUUGAGUGUGGUGAGAUUGAUGGAGUUGUUUUGGGUUCAUGGACAAAUGUCAAUGAAAGUUCAUCUGAACCUGUGAUUGAUGAAAAUGACACUCAUGCUGGAUAUUGGGCUGCUGCUGCAGUGUGGUCUAAUGCAUGGGAUCAGAGAACCAUUGAUCGUAUAGUGCUGGAUCAACCUUUUCUUAUGGGUGUUCACGUAUUAUGGGAAUCACAACUGGAGUACCACAUAUACCAUAAUGACUGGGAAGAAGUUUCCAAACUUCUAGAUGUUAUUCCUGCAUCUGUGCUGUCAGAUGGAAGCCUCCAUAUUGCUUUGAAUGGUUCACAGCCUGCUUCUACUAUUGCUAGCAAUAGUGAAUUUCCCGACUAUGGCAAUUAUAUAUGUUCUAUAGAAGAACUGGAUGCUGUUUAUGUGGAUGUGCCAGAUAUCAAAAUGUUUAGGUUGUCUGCCAAUGUUAUGUGCUCUGUGUGGUUAAGGAGGCUCAUGGAGCAGGAACUAGCUAGGAAAUUUAUUUUUUUGAAGGAAUACUGGGAAGACACUGCAGAAAUUGUAACUCUUUUGGCCCGUUCAGGCUUCAUUACUAGCAGAAAUAUAAUUUCAUCUGAUGAUGAUUCUAUUGACAGUUUAUCAGAUAUUGUUGGAAGAUCUUCUGUUGGUACCAUUCAAGCUUUACAUAAAUUACUUACGCAUCACUGUGUGCAACAGAACUUGCCAAAUCUUUUGGAUCUUUACUUUGAUUACCACAAGUUGGUUCUAGAUAGCAAUUCACUUCAAUCAUUGCAAGAAGCUGCUGGAGAUUGUCACUGGGCAAGGUGGCUACUCUUAUCUAGGAUUAAGGGGUGUGAAUAUGAUGCUUCAUUUUUUAAUGCUCGUGCAAUAAUGUCACAUAAUUUGGUUUCUGGUAACAACCUAAGUGCUCUGGAGAUCAAUGACAUUAUCUGUACUGUUGAUGACAUUGCGGAAGGGGGAUGGGAAUUGGCGGCUUUAGCAACUCUAAUGUAUGCCCCUGCUCCAAUUCAAAACUGUUUAAGUAGUGGUGGUGUAAACAGGCACAGUACUUCUGCAGCCCAGUGCUCGUUGGAGAACUUGCGGCCCGCCUUACAACAGUUCCCUACAUUGUGGCGCACCCUUGUAGCUGCAUGUUUUGGACAAGAUACAGUUUGCACUUUUGUAGGCCUUAAAGUGAAGAAUGCUUUAUCAGACUACCUAAAUUGGCGUGACAACAUCUUCUUCUCUUCUGGACGUGAUGCAUCACUUUCUCAAAUUCUGCCAUGCUGGUUUCCAAAGGCCAUAAAGAGGUUAAUUCAGCUUUUUGUUCAGGGACCGGUUGGAUGGCAAGCAUUUCCAGAUCUGCCUACAGAAUCUUCACUAUAUAGAGACAUUGAAUAUUUCAUAAAUGCACAUGGACAUGCUGAUAUUAAUGCUAUCUCAUGGGAAGCAACUAUCCAGAAGCAUAUUGAAGAGGAACUUUAUGACUCCUCACUCCAUGAAACUGGACUUGGACUUGAGCACCACUUGCAUCGUGGUCGUGCCUUGGCAGCUUUUAACCAUCUUCUUUAUGUUAGAGUUGAGAAGUUGAAAUCAGAAGGCCGAUCAAGUUCUUCAGCACAGGGACAGGCAAAUGUUCAAUCUGAUGUUCAAACACUUCUUUCACCUAUCCAACAAGGCGAAGAGUCCCUUCUUUCAUCUGUUAUACCGCUUGCUAUUUCACAUUUUGAAGACUCUGUUUUGGUUGCUUCAUCUGCUUUUCUUCUAGAGCUUUGUGGCUUAUCUGCCAGCAUGCUCCGUGUUGAUAUAGCAGCUUUGAGAAGGAUAUCCUCUUUCUACAAAUCUUGUGAAACUAGUGACAGUCAUAAGCAACUUUCACCUAAGGGCUCUGCAUUUCAUGUAGUAUCCCAUGGAGUUGAUAUAACAGAGUCUCUGGCUCGAGCACUGGCAGAUGAAUAUCUGCAUAAGGAUAAUGCAACCAAGGCUAACCAAAGGGAAAAUACAAAUUCGAUUAGUGACACACAGCCUUCUAGAGCUCCAAUGCUUGUCCUACAACAUUUGGAAAAGGCAAGUCUUCCAGUAAUGUUAGAUGGAAAGACUUGUGGAUCUUGGCUGUCAACUGGCAUUGGUGAUGGAGCUGAAUUAAGAUCCCAACAAAAAGCUGAUAGCCAGCACUGGAAUUUGGUUACAGUUUUUUGUCAGAUGCAUCAUCUUCCUCUAAGCACAACAUACCUUGGUGUAUUAGCACGAGAUAAUGAUUGGGUUGGAUUUUUAUAUGAAGCUCAAGUUGGGGGGUAUCCUUUUGAAUCAGUGGUCCAAGUGGCAUCAAAGGAGUUUAGUGACCCACGUCUCAAAAUUCAUGUGUUAACAGUUUUGAAGGGCAUGCAAUCAAGGAAAAAAGCUAGUUCUUCAUCUUACAUGGAUGCUACAGCAAAAAGUGAAAGUUCCUAUUUAGAUGAAAAUUUAUACGUCCCCGUUGAGCUUUCUAGAAUUUUAGCAGAUUGCGAGAAGCAGAAAAAUCCUGGAGGGGCCCUCUUGAUUAAAGCAAAGGAGUUGUCCUGGUCUGUUUUGGCAAUGAUUGCAUCAUGCUUUCCAGAUGCUACACCAUUAUCCUGCCUAACUGUUUGGCUGGAAAUUACUGCAGCCAGGGAAACUUCAUCCAUAAAGGUGAAUGACAUAGCUUCACAGAUAGCAGAUAAUGUUGCGGCAGCUGUGGAAGCCACUAAUUCCAUGUCAGCUGGUGGUAAACCCCUUGCAUUUCGUUACAACCGGCGGAACCCAAAACGUAGACGGCUUAUGGAGCCAAUAUCCACAGAUCCCUUGGUUGCCUCAUCUAAUAUAUCAAAUACUUAUCCUGAUGCAAGAAUAUUAACUGCCCAGGACAGCAAUGGGGAGGAAGGAAAAAUUGAAGAUGCUUACCAUAUUAACAGUCAAACUGAUUUAGUUGAAGACCCUGCUUCCCUGUCCAAGAUGGUUGCAGUGCUUUGUGAACAACACUUGUUUCUUCCUCUGUUGAGAGCAUUUGAAAUGUUCCUUCCUUCAUGUCCUUUGUUACCUUUCAUUCGAGCUCUUCAGGCAUUUUCACAGAUGCGCCUAUCCGAAGCAUCAGCACAUCUUGGUUCCUUCUCUGCCAGAUUAAAGGAAGAGUCAACUCAUUCACAGGCAAAUAUGGGAAGAGAAGGCCAGACUGGAACUUCAUGGGUCAGCUCAACUGCUGUAAAAGCUGCUGAUACUAUCCUUUCAACUUGUCAAUCUCCUUAUGAGAAGAGAUGCUUAUUGCAACUCCUUGCUGCUACUGACUUUGGUGAUUGGGGAUCUGCAGCUACUUACUAUCGACGACUCUGCUGGAAAAUUAAUUUGGCGGAGCCUUCACUGCGAAAAGAUGAUGGUCUGCAACUAGGGGAUGAGACUUUAGAUGAUGCUUCACUUUUAACUGCAUUAGAAAAGAAUGGACAUUGGGAACAAGCACGCAACUGGGCCAAGCAGUUGGAUGCCAGUGGUGGACCUUGGAAAUCUACUGUUCACCAUGUUACAGAAUCUCAGGCUGAAUCCAUGGUGGCUGAAUGGAAAGAGUUCCUUUGGGAUGUCCCUGAAGAGAGAAUUGCUUUAUGGGGCCACUGCCAGACACUAUUCAUCAGAUAUGCAUUCCCUCCUUUACAGGCUGGAUUGUUCUUUCUUAAACAUGCAGAAGCACUUGAGAAAGAUCUUCCGGCUAGAGAGCUUCAUGAAAUGUUGCUGCUUUCACUUCAGUGGUUAAGUGGAAUGAUAACCCAGUGCAAUGCAGUUUAUCCAUUGCAUCUUCUGCGAGAAAUUGAGACUAGAGUAUGGCUCUUAGCAGUAGAAUCAGAAGCUCAGGUGAAAAGUGAAGGAGACUUCAGUUUAACCAGUUCCACCCGGGAAAAUACUUCAAAUAUCAUUGACCGGACUGCAAAUAUUAUAACAAAAAUGGAUAAUCAUAUGAAUUCAACGAGAAACAGACUUGCGGAGAAACAUGAUGCUAGGGAAAAUAACCAAGGAAAUUUCAAGAACCAAGUGUUGGAUGCCAAUUCUUCAACUACAUUUGGGGUAAAUACAAAGGCAAAACGGAGGGCGAAAGGCUACAUGCCAUUAAGACGGCAAUUAGUAGACACCAUCGAUAAAAGCACUGAACCUGAAGAUAGUUCCAUACCGCUCAACUUUAGGAAUGAUUCUCAAUUGCAAGAUGAAAGCCUGACAAUGGAAAUAUCUUUUCCAAAAUGGGAGGAACGGGUUGGACCUGCAGAGCUGGAAAGGGCUGUUCUUUCUCUUCUGGAGUUUGGACAAAUAGCAGCUGCCAAGCAGCUCCAACAUAAGUUGUCUCCAGCUCAUGUACCAUCUGAAUUUGUAAUUGUUGAUGUUGCUUUAAAGCUUGCAGCUAUCUCGACACCUAAUAGAGAAGUCUCAAUAUCAAUGCUCGAUGAGGAAGUGCGUUCGGUCAUUCAAUCAUACAAUAUAGUGACCGACCAAAACUUCAUCUAUCCACUGCAGGUCUUGGAGAGUUUAGCCACUAUUUUCACUGAAGGCCACGGGCGUGGUCUAUGUAAGAAGAUAAUAUCAGUCGUAAAAGCUGCAAAUGUCUUGGGUCUUCCAUUCUUAGAGGCAUUUGACAAGCAACCAAUUGAAUUGCUACAGCUUCUCUCUCUUAAAGCACAAGAAUCAUUUGAAGAAGCACAUCUCCUUGUGCAAACUCAUUCUAUGCCAGCCUCGAGUAUUGCUAAAAUUCUUGCUGAAUCCUUCCUAAAGGGUUUACUGGCUGCACACCGUGGGGGUUACAUGGAUUCUCAGAAGGAGGAAGGACCGGCUCCUCUAUUGUGGAGAUUCUCAGACUUCUUGAAGUGGGCAGAGCUUUGUCCUUCUGAACCAGAAAUUGGCCAUGCACUCAUGCGUUUGGUGAUUACUGGACAGGAAAUACCACAUGCUUGUGAGGUUGAGCUUCUCAUUCUCUCUCACCAUUUCUACAAGUCAUCAGCUUGCCUUGAUGGAGUUGAUGUUCUUGUGGCCCUUGCUGCAACCAGGGUUGAAGCUUAUGUGUUGGAGGGUGAUUUCCCAUGUUUGGCUCGCCUGAUAACUGGUGUUGGAAACUUCCAUGCCCUUAAUUUUAUUCUUGGCAUUCUUAUAGAAAAUGGUCAGCUGGAUCUCCUCCUUCAGAAGUAUUCUGCUGCGGCAGAUACAAAUACUGGCACUGCUGAGGCUAUCAGAGGAUUCCGAAUGGCUGUUCUCACAUCAUUGAAGCAUUUUAACCCCAACGACCUUGAUGCAUUCGCUAUGGUCUAUAAUCACUUUGACAUGAAGCAUGAAACAGCUUCUCUCUUAGAGUCGCGUGCAGAGCAGUCCUGCCAGCAGUGGUUUCAUCGUGCUGACAGGGACCAAAAUGAAGACCUACUAGAUUCCAUGCGUUACUUCAUUGAAGCUGCCGAAGUUCACUCUUCCAUUGAUGCUGGCAACAAAACACGUAGAGCCUGUGCACAGGCUUCCCUUGUGUCUCUUCAAAUUCGAAUGCCGGAUUAUAAAUGGCUGAACCUUUCUGAUACCAAUGCACGACGAGCACUGGUUGGGCAAUCUCGUUUCCAGGAGGCUUUAAUUGUUGCCGAAGCCUAUGGUCUUAACCAGCCAAGUGAAUGGGCACUGGUACUUUGGAAUCAGAUGCUCAAUCCCGAACUAACGGAAGAUUUUGUGGCUGAAUUCGUGGCAGUGCUUCCUCUCCAGCCUUCUAUGCUUGUUGAACUGGCAAAAUUCUAUCGGGCUGAGGUGGCAGCCAGGGGUGACCAGUCCCAAUUCUCGGUCUGGCUGAACGGCGGAGGUUUGCCAGCUGAUUGGGCUAAACAUCUGGGGAGAUCAUUCAGAUGCUUGUUGAAGAGAACUAGGGAUCUGAGAUUACGGAUGCAGCUGGCCACUGUGGCAACCGGGUUCACCGAUGUAAUUGAUUCAUUGACAAAGGAGUUGGAUCGGGUUCCCGACAUUGGUGCACCACUCGUACUUCGAAGAGGGCAUGGUGGGGCCUACCUCCCAUUGAUGUGAUUAAUACAGCUACCAAUGCCAACAAUUGCAAGGUACAAGGGGCUGAUCCGAUAGUGUCACCAGCCAGAAAGUGACAUCAUCAAUGGGCACAGCAUGAUGGCGCUGCUGGUGAUAUUUAUUCUGGUAAAUCUCUAUUUUGAUGAAUUAGCAACGAGAUUAUAUUUUUGGACGGUGUGAAUUAGUUGGAAGCUUGGGAAAUCUUGUGAAGUGGUUAACAUUUAAUUUUUGGAUGAUGGAAUUUUUUGCAAUGGGUAAUGUCAAUUUUGUUAGAAAUGUAAAAUGUGUACAUAUAUAUUUUUUAAAAUUUUUGAAUAUGAAAUUUUAUUUUGAGUUA